GUGCGGGACGGUGCCGUCCUUCCAACAGAGAAGAGGCUUUCCUGUACUGAGUGCGGGAAGUGUUUCCCUUCUAAAGCCCAUCUUAAUAUGCAUAAAAGAUCUCACACAGGGGAGAAGCCAUAUUCCUGUCCUGAGUGCGGGAAAUGUUUUUCACAGAAGUCCUAUCUUUCCACACAUCAGAGAUCUCACACGGGGGAGAAGCCGUAUUCCUGUCCUGAGUGUGGGAAAUGUUUUUCAGUGAAGUCCAAUCUUCACACACACCAGAGAUCUCACACGGGGGAGAAGCCGUAUUCGUGUCCUGAGUGCGGGAAAUGUUUUUCAGAGAAGUCCCAACUUUACACACAUCAGAGAUCUCACACAGGGGAGAAGCCGUAUUCCUGUCCUGAGUGCGGGAAAUGUUUUACACGGAAGUCUAGUCUUUACGCACAUCAGAAAUCUCACACAGGGGAGAAGCCGUAUUUCUGUCCUGAGUGCGGGAAAUGUUUUUCAAUGAAGUCCAAUCUUUCCACCCAUCAGAAAUCUCACACAGGGGAGAAGCCGUAUUCCUGUCCUGAGUGCGGGAAAUGUUUUUCACAGAAGUCCAGUCUUUCCAAACAUCAGAGAUUUCACACGGGGGAGAAGCUGUAUUCCUGUACUGAGUGCGGGAAAUGUUUUUCAGAUAAGUUCAAUCUUUCUGUACAUCAGAGAUCUCACACGGGGGAGAAGCCUUAUUCCUGUACUGAGUGUGGGAAAUGUUUUUCAGAGAAGUUCAGUCUUUCCAUACAUCAGAGAUCUCACACGGGCGAGAAGCCGUAUUCCUGUCCUGAGUGUGGGAAAUGUUUUACACAGAUGUCCGGUCUUUCCAAACAUAAGAGAUCUCACACGGGGGAGAAGCCGUAUUCCUGUCCUGAGUGCGGGAAAUGUUUUUCAGUGAAGUCCCAUCUUUCCAGACAUCAGAGAUCUCACACGGGGGAGAAGCAGAGAUCUCACACGGGGGAGAAGCCGUAUUCCUGUACUGAGUGUGGGAAAUGUUUUUCAGAGAAGUCCGAUCUUUCCAGACAUCAGAGAUCUCACACGGGGGAGAAGUCGUAUUCCUGUCCUGAGUGCAGGAAAUGUUUUUCAGAGAAGUCCACUCUUUACACACAUCAGAGAUCUCACACGGGUGAGAAGCCGUAUUCCUGUCCUGAGUGCGGAAAAUGUUUUUCAAAGAAGUCCUAUCUUUCCAAACAUCAGAGAUCUCACACGGGGGAGAAGCCAUAUUCCUGUCCUGAGUGUGGUAAAUGUUUUUCAUAUAAGUCCGAUCUUUCCAGACAUCAGAGAUCUCACACGGGGGAGAAGCUGUAUUCCUGUCCUGAGUGUGGGAAAUGUUUUUCAGAUAGGUCCGGUCUUUCCAAACAUAAGAGAUCUCACACGGGGGAGAAGUCAUAUUUCUGUCCUGAGUGUGGGAAAUGUUUUUUAGAGAAGUCUAAUCUUUUCAGACAUCAGAGAUCUCACACGGGGGAGAAGCCAUAUUCCUGUCCUGAGUGCGGGAAAUGUUUUUCAGUGAAGUCCAGUCUUUCCGAACAUCAGAGUACUCACACGGGGGAGAAGCCGUAUUCCUGUCCUGAGUGUGGGAAAAGUUUUUCAGUGAAGUCCAAACUUUCCAAACAUCAGAGAUCUCACACAGUGGAGAAGAACUAUUUCUGUUCUGAGUGCGAGAAAUGUUUUUCAUAUAAGUCCAGUCUUUACAGACAUCAGAGAUCUCACACGGGGGAAGAGCCAUAUUCGUUUGCAAAGGAUUGUCGUGGCAGCGUGGUUUGGUCUCUGCGGGUGAAGGAGGAGCUGGGUUAA